UAACAAACACGCAAAAUAUCAUCGUUCCUAAUGUAGAAAUAAUUAAAAAAAAUGUACACCUGAUUAAAAAUUAUAAUAUAAAAAUAUAAGUAUAUAUUUUUUUUAGAAAAUAAUUAAGAAAUCUGGUUUUAUACGAAUUUCUUUUGUAUUAAUUAAAAAACUAGUAUAUAAAAUGCUUAUUUGAAUAUGAAAUAGAAAAAACAAGAAGAAAAAAAUAAAAAUCAAUACAAAAAAUUUUAUGAAAGUUUACAAAAUCUUCCAAAGCUAUUUACUGCCUUGCCAGGAUUACAAAAAGAAGAAGGAAAACAAACACUAAUUAACAAAAAUCAUGUAUUUCAGAAGAAAUUUUUAAAUAAUGUUUUUUUGAUAAAGGAAUCGGCGGCAUUUAAAAUUUACAUUCCAUGCAAGACUAAAAAAAACGAAUAAAAUGGACUCGUUAGAGGAGCACUUAGCACAAUUAAGAAUAAUUAAUAAGAAAUCAUUAACAUCAAAAUCUCCUAGUAUUGAAAUUGGUUCAUUACCGAAUUCACCGUAUGCAACAACAACAAAAACAAAUGAUGCUGCUUUAAUUACUCAUAUAAAAGAUAAAAGCCCUUCUAAAAAGGUUGGACCAGCAGUUCCACCUAAGCCAGUUAAAGAUAUACCACAGAUUACUAACAGUGUAUGCCAAAGUGAACAACACCGUAAACAACAACAAUGUAGUUCUAUUGGUAGCGUUGGCGCUGGCGUCAGCGGUAACGUCAUUAAUACAACAAAAUCAAAUAAUAAUCCAAAUAAGAAUUUAUUUUAUAAUGAUGAUCAAAAUGUAACAAAGGAAGCACAAAAAUUAAAUGAAACAACAUCAAGAAUUGGUAAAAUGCCAAUAUUAUUACGUAAACAGCCGGCAUAUGAACAACAACAUCAUGUAUAUUCAAAUAUUAAAAUGACAUUAGAUAAUCCAGCUAUAUUAGAUCAGCAACUUGAAGCUUUAGAACAUCAUAAAAAACAACUAGAAAAACGUGGUCUAUUAACGUCAGCAAAUAAAUUACCAACAAUUGGACCAAAAUUAUCUUCGGCAUCUUAUAUUAACGGUGAAUUAGUUGCAGCAGCACGUAGUUCACCAUCAGUUAAAAUGAUGGCAGCUAAAAUUAUUGAAAAUCAACAAAAACAUCAACAACAAGAAAACCAAAUCAAAUUAAUAAAAACUCAAUCAAAUGAACAAAAUAAAUUAUUUAAUAAUAAUAAAAAUAUAAAUAAUGAUAUUGAUAAUAAAAUAUUGGAAAAUGAAAAUUUAAUGAUACAAAAAAAAUUUAAAAAUCAUACAUCUUUGCAAUCAGAUCAACAACAACAAAAUGAUCAAGACAUUGUAUACAGCAAUAUAAUGCAUUCAUCAAAUCCAUUAGGAAAGUAUAAUGUACAUGGCGAAAAAAAUAUUUAUACAAAUAUUCAAUAUAAUCCGGAUUUGCCGCCACCGCCAAUUAAAACAUCAAAUGAUAAUGGUCGGCCAUCAAUUUCAAAUUUAAGUACACCAAGUGAAAUGAGUAGUGGACUAGAAUAUUAUAAUCAGCAACAACAAAAUAGUUCAAUAUCCGGUAUAGAGGAAGAAUUUCCAUUACCGCCAAGUCCAGUAAGUUCUUCUUAUAGUGAAUUAAGACGGGCGACUGAUAAUUGUCCUCAAAUAUCGGCAUAUCCAACAGUAGGAUAUCAAAGCGAUUUGGAUAGCAUAACACAAUCUAAGCAAAAUUCGUACAUGAACACAACAUAUAAUGAUUACAGUACUUACGGUGGACCAAGUACACAAAGUUUCAGUCAAUCAUCAUCAGCAUCUGAUUAUUAUGGAUUUGGGAGUAUUUGCCAGGGUUCAUCAACCUAUGAAUCAAUUUAUGAACCAAUAACAAUAAACCCGACUAAUCAAAUGGCAUCUAGAUCAAAUUUUUCAUUGUACACUUCAUAUGAGAAUGACGCACAAAACGUUAGUAACAAUAGUAUAAGAAAUGUUACAGAAAACAUCAAUUUAACAAACUCAAAUAAUUCAAAUAAAGAAAUUGAGGUUCAGAAUUUCACUGAUCUGAUUGUUAAUUCAAUUGAUUCAACAAAUGAUAGUGAUAGUUAUGGUUCUUGUGUUAAAUGUGGUGAACGAGUUGUUGGUGAAAAUAGUGGUUGCACGGCAAUGGACCAGAUAUAUCAUAUAUCGUGUUUCACGUGCUCGCAAUGUCAAAUAAAUUUGCAAGGAAAACCAUUCUAUGCAUUAGAAAAUAAACCAUAUUGUGAAGAAGAUUAUUUAAACACUUUGGAGAAGUGUUCAGUUUGUAUGAAACCGAUAUUAGAAAGAAUUUUAAGAGCAACCGGUAAACCAUAUCACCCACAAUGUUUUACUUGUGUUGUUUGUGGUAACAGUUUAGAUGGAAUACCAUUUACAGUUGAUGCUACUAAUCAAAACUAUUGUAUUCAAGAUUUUCACAAAAAAUUUGCUCCAAGAUGUUGUGUUUGUCGCGAGCCAAUAAUGCCAGACCCAGGGCAGGAGGAGACUGUGAGAGUUGUAGCAUUGGAUAGAAGUUUCCAUUUUGAAUGCUAUAAAUGUGAGGAUUGUGGUCUUUUACUGUCUUCGGAAGCUGAAGGGCGGGGAUGCUACCCAUUAGAUGAUCAUGUAUUAUGUAAAAGUUGUAAUGCUAAACGUGUUCAGGCAUUAACUAAUCAUAUAGCAACUGAAUUAUAAAUUUGAAAAAAGUAUUAUUGAAAUAAUAUUUAAUUGUCUAAAUUAAAUUUGAGCUGCAAAAUAUAAAUGUAAAGUUGAUUGA